AUGAAUAUGUCCCCUGAUGAUGUGCUUGAGUAUAGGUUAGCAGAGAUGAAAAGUUCAACCGAAAGAACAGAAUAUUCACGCUGCAAAAUACAAAUGGUAGCAAAUGAUCUUAGAUAUCGAAAUGAUUUUACAAGCUAUUAUCUUCCCAGGGUAUUAUCAUUGGGCCCUAUCCAUCAUGGUAACCCAAAAUUGCAGAUAGGAGAGGAGUACAAGCUUAUUUGGGCACAAAAGUUCCUUGACAAGUCAAGCCAAGACCCAAAACGUCUUUACAAAAAAAUUACAGACAAGCUUGAGACAAUCAAGAAACUUUUUGACGAUAAUGUUUUAAGCAGCGAUCAUUUUCCCGAUAAUGUUUUAACCAGCAAUACUCUACUAAGCUUCCGUAGCUUGGAUGAAAAGUUAACAUGGAUGUUGUUGGUAGAUGCAUGUUCUUUGCUGUAUAUCAUAGACAUAGAAAAUGUUAUUGGAAUGGAGGAAAGGACUAUGAAACUUGUGAGUAGGGAUGUACUUUUAUUGGAGAACCAGUUGCCGUUCAUGUUGUUGGAAAUGUUUGGGGCCAGUGGUGAGGGUAAUUGGAUUGAGAGUUUAAGAAUGUUUCUAGGAUAUAAUCAUGUUGGCGGAUAUCGCUUCAAAGAAUCCACAAUGUCCACGGAUGCUAUAGUUAAUGAAUGGGUAAAGGUACUCGAAGAACGAAAUGAUGAAAAGCCUACUCAUCUUCUUGAUCUUCUUCGCAUAUCGUUGCUGCCGUUCUCUAGUGUGGACCAGGUGAAGAGAGGUAAAAGCAUCAGCAAUAGUGUUGUAAGAUACAUGAACAUACAGGAGCUGAAAUCAAACGGUAUCAAAAUAAAAUCAAACAAGAGAUGCAGACUAACAGAAGUGUCACUCUCCCACGGCUGGCUAAAUGGAGAAUUGAUGCUUCCUGAGAUUGUUUUGGAUGAUGUAACAGUUUCUAUCUUCCUUAACUUGUUAGCAUACGAAAUGUGUCCCGAUUUUAAAAAUGAUUAUGCGAUUGGCACAUUUCUGGCAUUCGUAAACUCACUCAUCCGCCAACCAGAAGAUGUGAGAGACUUAAGAUCAGCAGGGAUUUUACGUAGUAACUACGGAGGUGAUGAAGAAUUGGUUAAGCUAUUCCAUUUUAUAGCUACUGAUGUAGCAACUAAUGCGGAUAUAUAUUCAGGUGUUUUUGGUGAAAUCAACAAGCAUAUUGCUAAUAAAUGGAAGACUAACACUGACCAUUUUCUAUCAUAUAUUCGUCACCCUUGGACUAACUUUGCCGUCCACGCUUCCGAGCUCGCACUUGCUUUUGGAAUUGUCCAAACCUGGUUUACUAUUCACCCUGCCAAAUCAUCUUAA